GUAACCGCGUAGCGCCGGAAGCGGCUGAGCGGGCCAUGGAGGACGGACCCGCGGGCGGAACCCUCCCGCGAGAGGCUUCGACUGAGGAGGCUGAGCCGCUGGGUGCUGCGUGGAGCGGGGACAGCGGCCACGUAUCGCAGAGCCACAGCAGCGCUUCCGGGCCGUGGGAAGAUGACGGCCCCGAGGACGCGCCGGGUCGCGAUCUACCGCUGCUGCGCCGCGCCGCCUUGGGCUACGCCUCCAGCCUGCUGCCCGCCACGGGGCCGCGACCCGAGGUGGAGGCUCUGGACGCCAGCCUGGAGGACCUGCUGGCCAGGGUGGACGAGUUCGUGGGCAUGCUGGAUAUGAUUCGCGGAGACUCGUCCCACGUGGUGAGCGAGGGCGUGCCGCAGAUUCACGCCAAGGCCGUGGAGAUGAGGCGCAUCUACGGCCGGAUCGACAAGCUCGAGGCCUUCGUAAGGAUGAUCGGCAGCAGCGUGGCCAGGAUGGAGGAGCAGGUCACCAAGGCCGAGGCCGAGCUGGGGACCUUCCCUCGGGCCUUCCGGAGAUUGCUGCACACCAUCAGCGUUCCCGCUCUCUUCAAGUCGGCGCCCACCGGGCCCCAGCGCGCCGCCUACGAGCCGCCGGUCCUGUUUCGGACCGAGGACCACUUCCCAGGCUGCGAUGACAGACCGCAGCUCUGAGCCUGCACCUCUACCGCGGAACUCCAAUGAGACGCUUGUUUAAGAGAUCCUGCUAACUGGUGUAUAUGUUGUCAGGAUGUGAACUCUGAAAGUUUAUUUUCUGCAAACGACUUGAUAUCGUUCAAUGUCGAGAGCAUAGAUCCCCGUGUCUUCCAGUUAUGACCCGAAAGUUGUUUGGUGGGGGGCUGGGAAAGCCAACUGAAUUAAUUUACCUGUGCAAUAUGGCAGAGCUGUUAUUUUUAUGACCUUUAUUAGAGUUACCAGUGUUACCUUGUUAAGAUUUAUAUAUUUAUAUGAUCAAAAGUGACCAAGAAAUUAAAGCUGUAUUCUUAAAUCCUAA